AUGGCUACUAUCGAAAAAAGUAACAAAAGCGGCGAACAUGAAACAAAGGCUAUUUACAAAAAUGAAAGAAAAGGCAAGACCAACAAAAUACAAGCGUAUCAUGUGAAUGAAGAAAAAAAAGAAGUCGAAAGCGGAGGUUUCCACAAUGUAGAAAAUAAAAAUGAAAAUAACGCAGACAUUUUUGGCAUGAGCGUAAGCAAAAAUGAAAUGGACGUAAACAAUAAUAAUGUCCGUAAUCCUGUCGUGAAGACGAAUGCGGACAUGAAAAAGGAGGAAAAGAAGAGCGGUCUGACGGAAAAUAAAGGAAACUGGGGAGGGCAGGAGCAAAAUCAGCUGAAUGAUGAAACAAAUUUGUCAGAUGAAGGGGAAGAAGUAGAGGAAGAAAACGUGGAUGAGAAAGACCUCAUACUUCAGCGAUAUAAACAUGGCACCAACAUAUUUGUCAACCUGGACGAUGUAAGAAAAGGGUGCAUGGUAGUUGACUUUUACUCGGAAUGUUUAAAUAAAUAUAAAAAUGAAUGCAGCUUUGUGUAUUACCAAAACUAUAACAGUAAUAAGAACGUAAUAAUUAACGAAAAUGUUGACAUGGUGGGACAUGCGCACAGCCCACAACAUUUUUUAUGUGAAAAUGUGGAGAGCAUGGGCAACAUGCCCAGUUCAAAUGACAAAUCAGCAAUGGCGAAAGGGAAGAAUGGGUCAAGAAAUUCAAGCAGCCUAGGAAACGGAGUAGGUACAUCCGUUAUGCCUGGUGAAGAUUAUAAAAAUUUUAACCUCCAAAAAAAGAAGCAAGAGUCGUUAGAUCCCUUAUUAAGGUGUAUAAACUCGUUGUCCGAUAGGAUAAACCUUCAGCAUUUAGUGGGUGACCCAACAACGUAUUUCAAAGUUGGAGGGGGGGAUAUGUUUUACGACAUUAACGAUCCAUUUUUGGAUGACGAAGAAAUGUAUAAAGAAUUGAACAAAACGAAAAAUGAUAUAAUUCUCACAAGACAGAUAGAAGAUGAAUACAGUGUAUGGAGUGGGGACAUGUCAGACGAUUAUGCAGACAUAAACCCGAACUCCUUCAUCUCAUUUUACAGCUCCAAGUGUAAGUACGUAUAUUGUAGCGAUGAAGAAAGGGAAGAGAAUAACACCAAAGGGUACACAACUGACAUGAUGAAGGGCAAUGACAAUGCGGACGGCGCGGAUUUCUACAAACGUGGUCAUGAGUACAAGAGGUACGCUUCGUACAGCUCCUCCUGCUCCAACUCCUCUGAUGAGAGUGUAAUAGAAUUAAACCAGUCCGACAUGGACAUAAUAAAUUAUGAACACAAUAUAAACGAUUUUAUUAUAUAUUCAAGUGAAGAAGACGUCGAAGCAUCCUCGUCCGAAGACGAAAAUGACGAAGACGCAAAAGUGUCAGAAGGGUCUGAAGAGGACAUCAUAUUCAACCCUUUCGCUUGGAAGAAAUUCCAAAGGCACAUUCCCCCAGAGUUUAUCAGCUCCUUCGAGAAGUUAGAAAAGGAGUUGGAUGCUCUCCCUUUGGAGGUUAACAUAGAAGAUAUAAAGGACAUCAUAAAAGGGAACAUUUACAGCAUAUUUCUCAAAGUUAGAGAUAAACAAAAGAACAUGCUAAACCAUUUUGACAAAAAAUUGGACGAUUAUGUUGACAUCGAUAUAAAACAACUGAGGUGGCUCACAACCAUCAUGAAUAAAACGUCCAACACGCUUAACGAUAUAGACAUUUGUAGAAUAUGGUUCGAACACAUUUUCAAUUACAACAUUUUGGUGUUCAUUAAUUGCGAGAAGGAAUUUGUUAGCAAGAUAAAGAACUCACAAAUUUUUGAAAAAAAUAAUAAGACACAUUUGAAUUGUAUCUUGAAGGACAUAUCUUCGUGGAGGGCCUUCCAGGAGUAUAAGGAGAAGCUGGCUCGCGAAGGCGCAAAUGGGGGGGGUGCUACUACCAUUGCGGGUGCCUCCGUCGACACUGCAAAGACGACCAAGGGGGGUAGCCCCAAUCGUAGCGCAAACGGACCGAAAGUGGGCUCCUCCCCCGGUCGAGGCGGGGGCAAAGCGGCCACCAAUUGUAACAAGAAUGCCAUUGUUAAUAGCGAGCCCAGUUGCAAAGGGUCUACUGAAAGUGGAAAACCGAUAGACGCAGGAGAUGCAGAGAAGGAGAAGAAGAGCGCCGUGCUGGAGAUGCAGGGCAGGGAAGAAGCACUUAAUGAAGCAAAGGAUAAGGCGUGUAACGAUGUUCACUUGAAAAAGGAGGAUAGUGCGAAAAGUGCACCCCACCACGAGGGGAACGUGGAAUGUAUCUUUACUCCCAACUUUGCUAAGGACAGCACUGUGAAGGAGCUAGCCCAAGGUCCAGAGGAAGGAGGUGUCAAGGUCAAAUUAGUCAACGUAAAAAAUGAAAACGCAGAAGGAAACUGCGAUAGUGUAUCUCUGCAACUUUCGAAUAAUAGCACUAUCGAACAGAUAGACGGGGAAAAAAUAGGGGGCAGCGAUUACAGUUGUGCGCAAAACAAUGGUUUACCGAAAAAGGAGUCCACCGGGGGGAAUGGCGACCUACAAGACGAUAAAAAGGCGGCGCCAGGGGAGGCACCAGUAGAGGCCACCACCGUAGCUGCCAGCUCUCCAUCUGCAGCUAUCCUCCCAUUGAUAGAGACGCACGGAGAGAAAAGUAAGGGUCCCGCCCAAAAUGGCGAAAGCAGUAAGGACGUCAAACCGGGUGGUCCCAAGGCGAGCAAAGGUACGAACCCCAAUAGCGAACAGAAGGAAGAAAACAAUCCAUUGGAAAAAUUUUUUAAAAAAUUUGUGGAUAUUUCUUACGACAUUUUACAUUACGUAAAAAUGUUUUUAAAGCAAAAGUGCUUUUUAAAAGAUAUGAUAUCAGCAGGAUUUGAAGCUCUGGUGGAAAAGCACAACAAGCAUUUUGUUAAGUUCCCCUACAUGACCGUGUCAGAAAUAUUGACCAACCUGUUUAACUUUAGAUACAAAACGAAAAUCCUCAUAGCCCCAGAUUAUGUAGAGGCCAUGGUAGAAUUUUAUCAGGACAAAUAUAAAGUAGACAUACCAUAUGAUAAAGGCAGAAAUAAAAAAGUUUUUCUUUUUGAUACAAGCGAAAUGCAAAAGUUGAAUAAUGCCUAUUAUAGAGGUCGCAACAAUGCCAAGGAGAGAGGUGCAGGUAAUGAACAGGAACAUGGUAAAGAGGGCCAUAAGGGCAAAUCGGGAGGGAAAAGAGAGUCGGUGGAUAAAGGCAGUUACAAAAAAGGGGGUGGUGGCAGCAGUGGAAGUAUGGUCAGUAAUGACUUGCUGGUGGGCAAUUCUAAGGAGCGUUCACAAAAUGCAUCGAAUAAGAAGCAGGGAUCUGCAAAAAAUAAUCAUUCAGGUAUGAACAGUGGUAUGGACAUGUCCAGUAAGCUAAACAGCAGCUCCCCCAUGGGCGUUGCCAACUCAGGUGUAACAACGGAUGGGGGUAAUAAUAAAGUGCCAUCCAAGAAGAGAACAAGUGAAUCGAUUAAAAAUAGCCUUACGAAAGAGACCAACUCUUCGGCGAAAAAGAAACAGAACAAGAUUCCAUCCAACGAUUUGUCCAGAAAAAGUUGGGAUAAGAAGAAAAACAACAAAAAUGAAAAGAAGAUAUCGUCCAGCACGCAUAUUAUUAUAUGUUCCGAUGAUGAGGAAAGUCAGGGGGAAGACUCCCACACUGGGCAGCGCCAGAUGAUGACAAAAAUUGCUAACGAGAGAGACAGAAACAAAGGCGAAUGCCGAAAUAUGAGCAUGUUGAUAGAGAAUAUAACGAAGAAGAAGUGCAGCACGAAUAGUAGCUCCCUGGGAAGUUUGACGGUCAACCACAACGUUGGCAAGGAGCAGCGCAGGAGCAUCGGCAACAGUAGCUAUGCUGGUCAGCCCAAGACCCACCUGCCAAAGAUGCCGAACAUGUCAAACAUGACGAACAUGACGAACAUGACGAAUAGGACGAGUAUGCCCAGCAUGGUGAGCAACGAUCAGGGUCGUCUGCAAAGCCGCCCGCACAGCACCCUACCGAAUAACAAUAAGUUGCAAACCAUUCGCAACAUUUUUAGUAACUCCUCCCCCAUGCACCACAACAACAUGCAAAGGGUGAACAACGUGCAAAGCAUGAACAACAACAGCAGAAGCAACAUUUACAACGCGCAGAGGAAGAGGGGCACCGAAGAAAACCUCCUCAUUAUUGCAGACGAACAGAAAAGUAUAAAUUCAAACAACAUGCUUAACGAAAAAAUGCAACUCUAUAAGAAAAGGAAAAUGAAAAAUGACUAUCCAUGUGAAAAAAAAAACUCACAAACGAACAUACUAAAUCUUAACGAGGUGAAUGAAAAAAUGAAGGGGAACGUUCUGCACUCAAAUGAUAAGUGUGCAGUGUAUAAAUGUAUUAACAUCGAAUCGUCUGAUGAGAACAGGUGA